AUGAUACAUUCUCUAUAUAUCCUCAACAAAGCAGGAGGAUUGGUGUACCAGCAGGACUACUCGUCUACCCUCAACAAGUUGUCAAUCAACGACUACUUGGUGUUUGCCGGAACAAUCCACGGUGUCCACGCCAUCGCCUCGAAACUUACUCCUACACAAAUAACUUGCUCCAAUAAAAAUGCUAAUACCACUGGCACUCCGCUUCUUGGGUCAACAGUGUCCACUCCUAAAUUGGGGUCUUCUGGGGCAAACCAUAUCACCAGUCCGCGAAUGGAAAGCCAGUCGACCAUGAUGAGAGAUCAGGACAACGCCGAUGGCCUAUGGCACUUGAUCAACAAUUUCACCAAUAUCAACAAUCCUUCAGUUAACAACGCCGAUUUGCUCAGUAGUUCAUCAGUAUCGUACAACAAAUUGAGCUCGAAUUUCUUUUAUAUGAAGAGCAACGUCACCGGGUUGAAUAUUGUCGAGACUGAUUUCUUCAACAUUUUCAUUUUCCAAACCUUGACAGGUAUCAAGUUUAUUCUAAUUACUCUGCCGGAUAUCCAUAAAAAGGAAGGGGCGUCAGAUGGCAACAAUCCUGAAGUUUCGAAACAAGAAGAGACAGAAAAGGUGAAUUUGAGUUUGAACAGAGAUGUGAAUAGCAGGCCAGAUAAGGACUUAUCAAGCAGCUACGAGGUUGCUGAAGAGUUGCUUCGAAAGAUCUAUAUUUUGUACGGUGAUUACGUAAUGAAGAAUCCAUUCUAUUCGAUGGAUAUGCCUAUUAAAGCAGAAUUAUUUGAUAUCAAGGUGAGGGCAUUAAUUGAAUCUUUUUAG